UAGUAAACAGUCGUUUGUCAGCUGUCAGUAAAUACAAAAUAACACUUAAAAAUUUAAUUAAAAUAAUCUUGUUUUGUUGUAAAUUAUCAAAAAAAAAUUAUUUCUACCAAUUGUAAUACUUGUUUUUGCGAGAAGUUUAAAAUAACGUGUUAGUCUCUUUUUUAACAUUUAAGUAAAACGAGUUCAUUUUCUUAAGUUUUGCAACAGUGCUUAUUUUACAUUUAUCUCGUUUUGACUAUUUAUGAAUAUGCAAGGUGUUAAUUAAAAGAAAACGACUAAAUAAAUAAAUAACACGUUAUUUGUACGGAAUUGUAUUAAACUUAAUUUUAUAAUCACAACUUAAACUAAUUGUAAGUUGGUACAGGUAUAAUGAGAUCCUUGAAUACAUUUGGAUGAGACAUCAUAACAUAACCUAUCAUCAAACUCAUCAAACUGUCAGUAGAUUAAUCAAAAGGCAAAGAAGUAACGUGAUUAUUAGUUUUUGUGCAUUUUAUUAGUCGUACACGUACAUAUAAUGUCUGCGAUUACGAAUAAGAUAAUUUUUUCCACACUUUUGUUUUUCUUUGCUGCUCCAUGUUAUUUAACAAAUUCUCAAUCAGAAAUUCCACGUACUACUAAGUUUAGCCAAAGUGUAGGAAGCCCUACAAUGAAAUUUUUGUAUUGUUAUUCAUGUGGUUAUAGAAAAGCUUUUGAAGAAUAUUCCAAUAUAAUUCACCAAAAAUACCCUGAAAUUCUUAUUGAGGGUACAAAUUAUGAACCCCCAGGACUAAAUAUGUUUUUUUCACGGUUAAUUGGUGUUAUAAAAAUUAUGAUAAUACUAUGCAUAAUUGGGAGAGUUAAUAUUUUUCAUUAUUUUAAUCAACCCCAACCAUCUUGGUGGUCAUGGUGCAUGGAAAAUAAAAUAUAUGCCUGCAUGAUGCUAUUUUUUGUUAGUAAAAUAUUUGAAGACCAAUUAUUACAAUCUGGAGCAUUUGAAAUUUCUUUGAAUAAUGUUCCUGUUUGGUCAAAAAUAGAAACUGGAAGAAUUCCACAACCUGCUGAACUGUUUCAAAUUAUUGAUAGUCAUCUUCAAUUUACAGAUAAUUUAAAUAGUGGUUUUGCUAAAUAAAUAUAUUUUAUAUGAUGAAAAUAGAAGCUUAACUAUUGUUUAAAUAAUUAUGAUAGAUGAAUAUUGUCUGAAAUUCAUUCCAUUUGUGUACCUCAAUGUACAGAAGUCCUUUCUGUGUUUUAAUAAAACAAUUCUUUUGUGUUAACAACAACAAUAUUCUGCUAAAAUAAUAAUGUAUCACAUUUAGAUGUUAUGAAUAAAAAAGUGAUAAAUGUU